AUGGAUACACCCGAAACCAAACCCCGGCAACCCUUACCACCUGUCAACAGCAACCCACCCGAACACACCCUCGAUGGCGCGCCCUGGAAGGAUCGCCCGCCAUACCAGAUCCACGACCCCAGGGAGUUCGGCCCGGUCAAAUGGCGCGCUCACUGCGAGUGCGGCAAGGUUUCAUACAUGCUGAAGAGCGAACGGGCUCUCGAUGCUAAGUACUGUCAUUGCCGUGGGUGCCAGGUCCUGCACGGCGCGCCCUUCCAGUGGGCCGCCAUCUUCCACAAGGAGGAUGUCUCAUUCACCAAGGGGGCCAGUGGAUUGGCCUUCUACUCGUCGAGCCACAAGUCGCAAGAGUACGAGCUGCCCACCAAGGUGUCGUGUGCAUUCUGUCACUCGCCGAUCAUGGACGAAGGCCGCAAUGUCUGUCUACUUUUCCCGGAACUGAUUGACGUGACUGGGUCGGAUGAUGAAAAGAGACGCAAACUAGAAGCUUUUAAGCCGACCCGCGGCUCGUACCUGGUCACCGACCAUGUCCUCACCGAGCUGCCCGAGAUCCGCGACUAUAAAGUGGGCAUGCUGAACCUGUUCGUACAGCACACGAGCUGCGCGAUUUCGCUCAAUGAGAACUGGGAUGACGAUGUUCGUGCCGACAUGAGCGAUGCGCUGGAUCGCAUUGCCCCCGCGGAUCGCAAGGGGACGUUGUAUCGGCAUUCUGCCGAGGGCGAGGAUGACAUGCCGGCCCAUAUCAAAUCCUCCCUCGUCGGCGCCUCGGUCAAUAUCCCCAUCACCAACGGCCGCUUGGCCACUGGCACCUGGCAAGGCGUCUGGUAUUUGGAAUUUAGACAGAGUCGCCACGUCAGAAAGGUGGUUGCCACUAUCCAGGGCGAGAAGGCGUGA